AUGGAAGAUAUUACUUGCUAUUUUUGUAAGGAAAAGGGACAUAUUAAAAGGAACUGCUCAAAGUUCCUUGAACGGGCAAAAGAUGGUAGAGUAAACAACCCGAAGGGCACUUCAGCAUUAAAAAGAUUGCAAAUGCGGAAAGAGCGGAGAGAUGCAAAUGUACCCAGGUCAAACAUAGGGGUUAGCUCUAUCGCCAAUGAAGCAGGCAUGUAUGUCCGGACUCAUGUUCAGGGUACUGAGGCAACAUGUCUUGUUGAUACAGGAGCGUCACUCUCUCUGUUGUCAGCUAAAUAUUACAAUAGCUUACCAGAUCAGAGUAAGCCAGCUCUGUCAGCAACUCAAUGUACGGUCGCAGCGGCCGGAGGCCGGGAUCUUGUCUUGCUAGGUAGAGGGAGGUUUGAUGUAAAAAUAGAGAAUGAUAUGUUCACCUUAGAACUGAUUGUGGCAGAGAUCAAUGUGGAGGGAGGAAUUCUCGGUCUCGAUUUUCUGGAAGCAGUAGAUGCAGUGAUCGAUGUGAAGCAGGAACGCUUACAAAUAAGGGGAAGAAAUGUACCUCUUGUGUUUCAAGGACCAUUUGGAUGUCAUAGGAUUUCAGUGGUUGAAACAGUUAGCAUCCCCCCUUGUACAGAAAUGAUUUUGCCAGGAAAGAUGUUGCAGGCAGGAUGCAAUAGGUAUAGUGGCUUAGGUAUUGUUGAACCGGCUGAGAAAUUCUUGAGUUCAGAGAGGGCAUUAGUGGCCAGGACAUUGGUACAAUGUAGGGAAAUGUUGCCAGUUCGUGUAAUGAACACCUCGGACGAACCGCAGGUUAUCUAUGCUGGGACAGUGGUAGGAGAGCUGUCGCCGGUAGGAAAAGUGUUUGAUACGUGCCGAACUUUGAAUACGACCAAGACGGGCGAUAAUACUGAGUUGCAAAACCUGUUGGAGAAAACAGUGCAAAAUCUCACUUCAGAGCAGGCUAAACAUGUGGACCAACUUCUAGGGGAAUAUACAGACAUUUUUGCGGUUUCUAAUAGCGACUUAGGGCGCACAGAUAUAGUCAGACAUGAGANGAAAUUCAAACUGUGA